AUGGCGGAUGCCAGUUGGUCGAAGAAUGGUCCAGUCCUUAGCACUGCCGGGCCUGUCGUCAUCGGAAAGUCGGAACCUCGUGCGGCGCUCACUGUCGAUGGAGACAUCUACACGAGUGGACGCGUGGUGUGCCCAUCUGAUAUUCGUUUGAAGGAUAACAUCACGGAGAAGGAGGCCAAGGAAGCGUUGGAGAAUCUUCAGAAAUUGCGCAUUGUUGACUAUUUCUACAAGCCAGAGGUCGCUGAGAAAUGGGGAAUGCCUGAGGAGCAGAGGAAGAGAACGGGAGUGAUUGCUCAAGAGCUGGCUGCCAUUAUUCCAGACGCUGUUCGGGAUCUCGGAGACUACCUGACUGUUAACGAAUCACGUGUAUUUUACGAGACUGUUCUCGCUACCCAGGAAUUGUGCCGUCUCACCGGAGAUCUCGACCAGAAGAUUGAUGAGAAGGUCGCUGAGAUCAGCAGACGUUUGGCUGAGUAUGCUCAGAAGAAAAAGAUGCUUAGCUCGGUCGGAUCCAACCUCAACUCGGAGGGCAGAUCGCUCAACACGUCGCGUACUUCUCUUGACUCGUCUUCCACUGCGGUCACCAUCACUAACACCAAGCGAAAUCGCCGCAACCGCAAGAAGGCGCAGCGUCAGCCACCAAAGUCGAAGAUGACCCACGGAACCAUUAUGGGACUGGUCGGCACCAUGGCCUUCUGCCUGCUUGCCAUGUCCGCUCUCUACAUUCUCGAUUGGCACAACCGCAACUACGGAUAUCAUCACGCUUCCCCGUCCUCGACUACUUCUGGACCGAAAGAAGGUCCCGGAAACAUUGUUAUUCCACUUGGUUAGUUGUAUAUCAUUAUUUUAUUUAUUUAUAUAUUUACGUUGUUAACGUGAAAAUGAUUAGAGAAGAGAGAAAAUAAGGAGAGAGAGAAAAGGGAAGGAAGAAGGGAUAAGAAUAAGGAUAAAAGGAAUGGGGAAUUUUCAGCUACUUGCCAACAAAAGAAAAAAGCUCAUCAUUUCACAGAUGCCUGAUUAUGACACUCCAUAAUAACUACUGAUUUCAGAUCACUACACACCGUUCAGUCAGCCCGAUGCCCCUCCGCUCGCCCUUUGUCCCCUGAACAACUGCCGUGCUGUCUGUUGCGAGGCAUACGAUAAGGAACAUGAUGGAAUGCCACAGGUAUCAUUAUAAUCGCAGUACAAUGUAAACCCAUUCACUUUGUUUUCAGUUCGAUUAUGACAGCAGCCAAAUGGAGGACGGCGAUUACUCGUACAAGCCGGAAGCUCGCUCGGACUUCCAUAUGAAAGGAUUUGGAAAUGACGUGAAAAUAUUCCUUCCGGAUUUCGGGGUUUACAUUGAUGAGCGCUAUUGCAUUGAGAAGAGCUGCAGCAAAAAGAGAAACAUGUUUAAUCUGUUUAUCCCAAUGACUCGCUGGAUGCCAGCCAGUGAAUUGGAGAUUGAAAUAGAGUACGUUAAAUGGACAUUGUUUUUGUUUACAUGAGUAUAAACCAAGUGUACUUUCAGAGCUCCUAUUUCGAUGAGCAUCAACAGCUGUGGUUUCAUCGAAGAGUUCGACAACAUGAAAUGCGGAGAAGUCGGAGACACCGUCACUCAUACGGACACUCCGACCGCCAGAAGGGUCAUCGAUAAGAAAUUCCGAUUGAGUGUCGGACAGUGGAGCCAAUCUGCAUACCGCUUCCGUGUCGGAUUGUCGACCGAGUUGUGCAAUAUUCCGGAAGGAACAUUUGGGGGAUUCUACCAGGAGUAUAACCUUGUAUUCUACCGCGUUUGCAAGAAAACGAACGGAACAGCUAUUGAAAACUAA